AUGGAACCCUUUGAUUUUACUAAGCCAACACCAUUAUAUGAUGUCGUUUUGAACGUUGAGGAUAAAAAACUGUAUUGUAAUCGUGCAAUAUUAGCCAUAUGGAGUCCGGUAUUUGAUACAAUGUUUAAGUCGAACUUCCGAGAACGAGACUCUCAAGAAGUUAGCUUACCUGGUAAAUUGUGUGAGGAUAUCAAAGAAUUAUUAUCGGUCAUUUAUCCACCAAACAAAGCAAUUGUUGCAACAAAUUGUCAACGCUUGCUCGAGUUGGCUGACGAAUAUCAAAUGGUUGAAUUAACAAAACGUUGCCAAUCAUAUUUAAUGCAACAACGUGGUACAAUCGAUAGUUUGUUACUAGCACAAAAAUAUAAUUUUGAAGAUGUUGUUCGACGUUGUGCUGAUCAUUUGAAACAUAAUUUAAAUUUGAAUAUGUUAAUAACUCCAAGUGAUCAAAGAUUAAAUGAAUUGACAACAAAGACAAUCAAUUUACUACUGACAGCGAGAAUAAAACAUUUAGAAACAGUUUUGGAUGCAUAUAAACGAAAAAUAACGACGGCAAAUGAAAAAUUUAAUCGAAUAAAAGAUCUUCCUGGCUAUCAUGAUAACGUUGAUCAUUGUUCACGGCAUGAUUCGUAUCAAGAAGAUUGUUAUGAUUGUAUGAGAAUGGUACGAUUGAUAAUUAAAAAGUUAAGCGAAGAAGGUUUUGAAGAGACAGAUUAA